UCGCUGUAGGGCAGGGCAGCACACCCCGAUCAAACGCACCUCCCCUUCGGACGGAGAGACUCAUCGUCCCAGCCGUCCAUCCUCGCCGCCGGCGGCCUCGACCUCCGGCCGCGGCCAUGUCGAAGAAGAAGGCGGUGACGACGAUGACGCUCAAGGACUUCCACGGCGGCUCCAUCCCCUCCGAGCUCCCUCUCCCCUCCGCUCCCGGCGUCUGCGCACGCCCGCCGGACCGCCCCACGGCCGCCCCGUCCUCCUCCUCGGCUCCAUCCGCGCGGCCCCGCACUCCCGCCGCCGCCACGGCGGCCGCCGCGAUGCCUUCCUUCCUCACCAACCCCUCCCGCAUCGGCCGCCACUUCGACGAGGACGAGCGCACGCCCUUCGAGCCCGCCACCCCUCGCCGCCCGGCCCCGUCGCCCCCCUCGUUCCCCUCCGCGCCGGCGGCGGGCCCCGCCGCCAGAUCUGCACCGGGGAACGCCUGGGGCGCGAAGAAGGAGGCCGCUCCGCCCGCCGCGCCGGCCGUUCCCGCCGCCACCGGCGGCCAGAUCUGGUCGGCCACGCGCAUCGCGCAGGCCAGCGCCGUGGAGAAGGUGAUCUCCGGCAGGUGGCACCUGUCCAAGCCCUCCUCCCCGACCACGCCACCAGUGCUGGAGACUCACAGGGAAGUCGCCCCGCCCGAGAUGGAGAGGCCAAGGUCCGUUGGAGCGAGGGAGUUCGACGGUGUCAUGGAGAGGCCAGGGUUGAUUGGAGUCAGAGGGAUGGAGAAUCCCAUGGAUAGGCCAAGGUUGGUGGCUGUGAGGGACCUGGACGGUGCCAUGGAGAGGCCAAGGUCAGUUGGAGUGAGAGGGCUGGACGUUGCCGUGGAGAAGGGUGUGGAACCGGUGAGGCCUGCAUCACAUGAAGGCAGGGUUGGGGAAGUCAAAGUCGGAGAGGUGCCGGAGAGGCCCAAGCUGAAGCUGCUCCCUCGUUCUAAGCCAAUCGAGCCCCCUGCGCCAUCUCCUACCUAUGUUGAAGAGAAGCAGGUCCAUCCAAUCCCCGUGAUAGCGAGUGUCAUGCAGGCUGAGAUUGUUCAUGAUGUGUACCAGAAUGUGGUUCCAGCUAAAACAGGAGUAGCAGGGACAGAUACUGAAAGUAGGGCAACAGUGGAUCGACCACGGCUGAAUCUGAAACCUCGCUCUAAUGCAGUGGGUCAGUCUGGUGAAAGUGCUGCCAAGGAAAGGCCAUCAGUCUUCGGUGGUGCUCGUCCCCGCGAACAAGUUCUCAGAGAUCGUGGAGUAGAUGCUUUGGCAAGUGAUCUUGAGAAGACCUCUCCAGUUGCCAGGUCUAAAAAUGAAUUUGCAAAGGUUGAACAAAAGGUUGAAGCUAUGCCCAUUAACCCUUCAGGCGAAAAGGUUGAUAGUUAUCCAUCUGGUCACAGAGGGCCAAGGAAUGCUGAUAGGAAAGAUUAUAGGCGGGAUACAGACAGGGCUGAUGCAUAUAGGCCUACACGACGUGAGGACAACAGGAAGGUUGUGGAGAAGAUCCCCGAACAGCAACGCCCAGAGCCUGAAACCUGGCGUAAACCAGUGGAGCCACCAAAGCCUGAGAUUACUGCACCUCGGUUUGGGAAGGCAGCGACCGCGUUGGAGCUUGCUCAGGCCUUCUCCAAGUCCAUGUCCGAUACAGUGCCACAGUCUCGCUUGACCAGUGUUCCUAGUCCAAGAGUUCCUCCUAGCCCAGGGACUAGGGAUCAGGUUGGCUUUUCAAGGCUCACUGACAACGGGGCAUUGCACUCUGGCUCUUCACAUCGAAAGAUCAACGGUUACUGAUCCUGUGACAAACAUACACUAUGAUCCCAUGAUGACAUGGUUCAAAUGCCAUGGCCUUGCUGAAGCACACUUAUUUAUUGCCAUGUUCAGUUGUUCAGCAUGGGGAAGUCAAAUUGUCGCCUUCAAUUGUUGCACACGAGGGGUGCUAGUUCAUUUUAGCAAACAAAAGUUCCUCUCAUAACCUGGUGGCCAAUUUCUUCUCUUGGCCUGUGAUUUUUAGCUGGGGAAUAAUUGCUACCCUUGUAUUUGCUAGCUGGCCGUGCCUUGUAUGAUUCUGGUGUGCGUGCUUGUUUUAAGAUGUGCCAGAUGAGGAUGCAUAUGUGCAUACCCAUACACAAAUGAUUUUACUGUGUUAUUUUUCAGAUCAAUUCAUCAGCACUAGUUAAUUAUGAGUAAA